GGUUCUGGUAUAAAGCGGCACUUUCCUCCAACUGUUUGAUAUUGGAGCUGACGAAGAGAAUGUGCUACAUCAAAACAUGUCUUCUUCAGAUCGAGGAUUAAAAGCAUACUCUCCAGAAAAUGUGUCGGUAGAUCACAUUCGUCGAGCUGAUACUGAUUCAGUCUCCAUUGCUGAGAAGGGCUUUUCCAAAGUUCAUGAGGCCGAGGAUGUCUCUUCGGAAAAUGAGCAAGAUACAGAGCUCAACGUGUUUGACAUCGACCGUGCUCAGCUUGAAGUUGGUCUUACACAACGUCAUAUUGCCAUGAUUGCCCUUGUGGGAACUUUCGGUACCGGUAUUUUUCUCUCCUCAGGAGGUGUCUUAGCUACAGCUGGUCCUGCCGGGUGUUUUAUUGCAUAUGUCGUCAUCGCCAUCGUUGUUGGUCUCAAUCAGAUGUGUAUUGCAGAGUGUGCCUCUCUUAUGCCAACUGCUUCUGCUUCACUUCGUCAUGCUGAGCAGUUCAUCGACCCAGCUCUUGGCUUCGUUUCUGGCUGGAUGGGUGUGUGGAGUUCGAUUUUGCCCGGUGAAGUCAGUGCAACAGCUCUGAUUGUAUCCUACUGGACUGAUCUCUCAGAGGCCAUCUGGAUCAGUAUCGUCAUUGUGCUUAUUGUCUUUUGUAACUUCCUCAAGAUUAGAUACUACGGUGAAAUCGAGUUUACUUUUGCAAUCAUCAAGAUGCUUUUGCUUGUGGGUCUUAUUAUCAUUUCGAUUGUUAUCACUGCCGGUGGUGGUCCAAAUGGUCAGCCAAUUGGGUUCCAAUAUUGGAGAAACCCAGGUGCUUUUGCAGAGUAUCUUACGACAGGCUCGUUGGGUAAGUUUGCAGGCUUUUGGAAAGCAUUGUCUGGUACUGUGUACUCCUUUGGUGGUGUCCAAAGUGCACCUACUCUAGCUGCAGAGGUUAAGUACCCAAGAAGAGCCAUCUUUACUGCAUGUAAGAGAGUGUUCUAUAGAGUCACGGUGCUUAUGAUUACCACAAUUUUCUGUCUCACCUUGAUUGUUCCAUACAACAAUCCGCUUAUUGCCAAUAGUUCGGGUAAUGCUUCUUCGUCCCCAUUCGUUGUUGCCAUUAACAGUGCCGGUAUAAAGGUUCUUCCACAUAUCAUCAACGCUGCUGUCUUAACCUCAGCUUUCUCUGCUGCCAAUCUGGGACUGAUGGCUGGUGCAAGAACAUUGUUCGCCCUUGCUGUCAAAGGACAGGCCCCAAAGAUCUUUGUUAAAACCACUAAGCAAGGUGUUCCAUGGGUUGGCACUCUUUUCAUUGCCAUCUUUCUGCCUUUGGCAUACAUGAACCUGUCAGAUUCUGCUGCAAACGUGUUUAAUUGGUUCCAAUCGUUGACAUCGGCCAAGUUACUCUGGGAUUGGACGUUAAUUUCAGCUAACCAUAUCUUUAUGACAAGAGCCAUGAAGGCCCAGGGUAUUCCAAGAUCCAGACUACCACAUACGUGGCGCUAUACACCUUAUGCUGCUUGGAUAUCUGGAUUCUUCUGUGUCUUGUUCCUCUUUACUGGUGGAUUUAAGACCUUUGUCCAUGGCCAAUUCCAGGUCAGCUCUCUAUUCUCAUCCUACUUUGUCAUUCCACUCUCUAUAGUGCUCUACUUUGGUUGGAAAAUAAUCAAAGGUACUAGAUUUUGGAGACCACACGAAGUGCAAUUGGAGAUUCUUUUCAGAGAUGUUGAGGAUAACCCAGAGCCUCCUGCAGAGCCACUUAAGGGAUGGAAAUGGCUCACCGUUCUAUGGGCUUGAACUGAAAAGUUUUUUGUUGGUUUGGGACGUUUGUCUUAUAGUACUCUUUUACAAUCAAAUAAUACAUGUAUGCUUUUUCAA